AUGUUUAUUCUUACCCUCGCAUAUCAGCUGGUACUGGCUUUCCCGCGCAUCAAACCAGAUAUUACAAAAACUAUCGACGAAGACGAGAUGCUCCCGUCGUCUGAAAAAUCUUUUCGCGAUCGGAUGCAACAGCUCAUUAUCAAACCACUAUACCCAUGCAAUUCAUAA